GGGGGGAGGGUUGCUGAAGCCGCCAUCUUGGAUUCCGCGGUAGCGGUGGCGGCGGUAACGCGCCGCUUCUGGGGAGUGGCUCUUCUCUCCCCCUCCCCCCGGUUCGGUAGCGGCAGCUCCUCCCACUGGGGGGGGUGGCGGGGCGGCGGUAGCAUCUACGGCUAUGGCGGCGACUACUGCUAACCCCGAAAUGACAUCAGAUGUACCAUCAUUGGGUCCAGCCAUUGCUUCUGGAAACCCUGGGUCUGGGAUUCAAGGUGGAGGAGCCAUUGUCCAGAGGGCUGUUAAGCGGCGACCAGGGCUGGAUUUUGAUGAUGAUGGAGAAGGAAACAGUAAAUUUUUGAGGUGUGAUGACGAUCAGAUGUCUAAUGAUAAGGAGCGUUUUGCCAGGGAAAAUCAUAGUGAAAUUGAACGGCGGCGACGGAACAAGAUGACAGCCUACAUCACAGAACUGUCAGAUAUGGUACCCACCUGUAGUGCCCUGGCUCGAAAACCAGACAAGCUAACCAUCUUACGCAUGGCAGUUUCUCACAUGAAGUCCUUGCGGGGAACUGGCAACACAUCUACUGAUGGCUCCUACAAGCCGUCUUUCCUCACUGAUCAGGAACUGAAACAUUUGAUCUUGGAGGCAGCAGAUGGCUUUCUGUUUAUUGUCUCUUGUGAGACAGGCCGGGUUGUAUAUGUCUCUGACUCGGUAACUCCUGUUUUGAACCAGCCACAGUCUGAAUGGUUUGGCAGCACACUCUAUGAUCAGGUGCACCCAGAUGAUGUGGAUAAACUUCGUGAGCAGCUUUCCACUUCAGAAAAUGCCUUGACAGGGCGUAUCCUGGAUUUAAAGACUGGAACGGUGAAAAAGGAAGGUCAGCAGUCUUCCAUGAGGAUGUGUAUGGGCUCAAGGAGAUCAUUUAUUUGCCGGAUGAGGUGUGGCAACAGCUCUGUGGACCCAGUCUCUGUGAAUAGACUGAGCUUUGUGAGGAAUAGAUGCAGGAAUGGACUUGGCUCUGUGAAGGAUGGGGAACCUCACUUCGUGGUCGUCCACUGCACAGGUUACAUCAAGGCUUGGCCACCAGCAGGUGUUUCCCUCCCAGAUGAUGACCCAGAGGCUGGCCAGGGGAGCAAGUUUUGCCUAGUUGCCAUUGGCAGAUUGCAGGUAACUAGUUCUCCCAACUGUACAGACAUGAGUAAUGUUUGCCAACCAACAGAAUUUAUCUCCCGACACAACAUUGAGGGGAUCUUCACUUUUGUGGAUCAUCGCUGUGUGGCUACUGUUGGCUACCAGCCACAGGAACUAUUAGGAAAGAAUAUCGUAGAAUUCUGUCAUCCUGAAGACCAACAACUUCUAAGAGAUAGCUUCCAACAGGUGGUAAAAUUAAAAGGCCAGGUGCUGUCUGUCAUGUUCCGGUUCCGGUCCAAGAAUCGAGAAUGGCUCUGGAUGAGAACUAGUUCCUUUACUUUCCAGAACCCUUACUCAGAUGAAAUUGAGUACAUCAUCUGUACCAACACCAAUGUGAAGAACUCUAGCCAGGAACCACGGCCUACACUAUCCAACACAAUCCAGAGGCCACAGCUAGGUCCUACAGCCAGUUUACCCCUGGAGAUGGGCUCAGGGCAGCUGGCAUCCAGGCAGCAACAACAGCAAACAGAAUUGGACAUGGUACCAGGAAGAGAUGGACUGGCCAGUUACAAUCAUUCCCAGGUUUCUGUUCAGCCUGUGACAGCCACAGGACCAGAGCACAGCAAGCCCCUUGAGAAGUCAGAUGGUCUAUUUGCCCAGGAUAGAGAUCCAAGAUUUUCAGAAAUCUAUUCCAACAUCAAUGCGGAUCAGAGUAAAGGCAUCUCCUCCAGCACUGUCCCUGCCACCCAACAGCUAUUCUCCCAGGGCAACACAUUCCCUCCUACCCCCCGGCCGGCAGAGAAUUUCAGGAAUAGUGGUUUGGCCCCUCCUGUAACCAUUGUCCAACCAUCAGCUUCUGCUGGACAGAUGUUGGCCCAGAUUUCCCGCCACUCCAACCCCACCCAGGGAUCAGCCUCAACUUGGACCCCUAGUACCCGCCCAGGCUUCUCUGCCCAGCAGGUGACUACCCAGGCUACAGCCAAGACUCGUACUGCCCAAUUUGGUGUGGGCAACUUUCAGACUCCAUCCUCCUUCAGCCCCAUGUCCCUCCCUGGACCUCCCACCGCAUCACCUGGUGCUGCUGCCUACCCUAGUCUCACCAAUCGUGGAUCCAGCUUUGCUCCUGAGACUGGACAGACUACAGGACAAUUCCAGAACGAGGGUCGUGUUUGGCUCAGUGGCAAGCCAGCAGGUCAUCAUCGUUAGUCUAGUGAGAGCAUGUUCAAACAGCCAUCAGCACAGCAACCUGGUCAGCCUGAGGUUCCAGAGAUGCUCUCCAUGCUGGGAGACCAGAGCAACAGCUAUAACAAUGAAGAAUUUCCUGAUUUAACUAUGUUUCCCUCUUUUUCAGAAUAGAACUAUUGGGGUGAGGAUAAGGGGUGGGGGAGAAAAAUCAUUGUUUGUUUUUUAAAAGCAAAUCUUUCUGUAAACAGAAUAAAAGUUCCUCUCCCUUCCCUUCCCUCACCCCUAACAUGUAUCCCCUUUCCCUUUUGGCUUUUCUCCUGCCCUCCUGCCUUCUGAGGUAACAUUUAUAGAAGAAAUUGACCGAAUUCCCCAAGGCUUUUAGGACCCUUUGAAAAUUUGAGGCUGGGUGAAGUUAGAAUGCCUUUCCUUAUGCCUCCUGACCAGAAGUUGUACAGUGAUGAUUUGUGCUAGGGUCAAGAAGCAGGUUAGAAGAAUCUGAUAUCCACUAUUUGCCUUGAAUACUAUGUCUUGUUUUUGGAAAAAAUUAUUCAUAAAGAGUGGAAGAGAGGAGAAAUGUCCUCAUAUUUGAGGGCUGUGAAACAUGGUAGGUAUAUAUGGGACUUUAGGAAGUAAGCAUAGGCUCUUUCUGCUGCCUGUGAGCAAUUCCUCUGGAAAGAAACAUGUUAGUAAGUGAGAGUGUGUGUGUGUAUGUGUAUGCGCAUGUGCGUGCGUGUGUUCUGUGCACGUUUCUUGUAUUUCUUUCUUUCUCCCUAUUAGGGAGUUAUGCAGAAUUUGUCCCAGAUUUUAUCUUUGUCUUUCAGUGUGCUUUUCAAAGAGUCCUAAGGAGUUAAAUCUUCUAGGCAUUUUCUACUUAGUGUUGCCCAGCCAAAGAAUAUUUAAAUAAAUGUCUUUGCUGCGCUUACAUCCAUGCCUAGCCAACAUGCAACUGUAAAGCAGAUUUAUACAGUCUUUUGUUAUGGUUGGUCUCUCAUCGAACAUAUUUGGUGAAAAAGCUGGAUUACUCCUGCUUUUGGUGCUCUCACUUUAUUUGGAAGAUCUGCAUACAUUACUGAAAUAGACUGGCAAGAUAAACACUUUCAGAAACCCUAGACUUGGCCAUAAAGAUAAUGCUGCAUUUUUCUGUCAGAAUCACAUAUGAUGUGUGUUCUAUAGAGGUUAUUUUUGCAUGGAAACUCAACUUCUUGGAUUAGCAGUCCAGUGAAAAUCCUCACUAUUGGACUGUAAACCAAAUACAAAGCCCUCUUUGCAAAGUAGCCUCUUUCAUCCCAUCCUCAAAAUAUCUAUUUUAGCAAGAAACUGAGAUAUAGGUGUUUCCUGGGCCUAUAGUUCUUUCUUUUUUGCUCCUUCUCUAAUCUUGAGAUUGGGUUUUGCUUUAGAGUACAAGUGUAAUAACUCUGUGUGACGGAUGAAGUCUGGAUGCCCAUCCCAACAGGGUCACUUGGUAAUUAACUAUAGCCAUAUAGAUGCUGAUACAGGUUACUACUCUCUCCCCUUCCGUUCCUCAGGUAACAGUCAUGUAUAUCAGCCUUUUUUUUUGUAAUUGGCUCCGGCCAGUAUGUAAGUGCAAGACUGAAUUAAUGAGAAGAUAUGUUAAAUGUAGUCACAGGGACUAAGGAGACAGUUGGCCUUGGAGAGGCUGAAGGAAUGUCAUUUACUGGGUUUUUCCCUCCCUUUUGUCUCCAGUGCCAGGUAGUAGAGUGAAAAAGGAGACAGUUUAUUUUUUUAUUCUAUGUGCACACAGUAUACAUAUAUAUUUAUAUCACAAUUUACGAAACCAAAAAGUUGAGUUUCCAAUGGAAUCUGUGUUUUUAAUAAUCAAGUGUUUUUAAAUGUGAUCAGGACUAUAAUAUUGUACAGUUAUUAUAGGGCUUUUGGGAAAGGGGAAGAUAGGGAGAAGAUGCUCUGGGGGUUUUGUUUCUGCUUUUCCUUCAGGGUUUUAUUUUUGAUUGUUUUGUUUUCCUGUUGGCCAUUUCUGUAUUGCUGGCAUCUGUGCUAAGCCUUACAGUGGCAAAAAUAAUGAUAUGUAGCAAAGAUUUUAAAACAAAAUAUUUUUUCCUUUUGUAAAAUUUCUUGUGUUGUGUGAUCUUGAUUGCGGCUUUAUCAUUCCUUUUCAGCUCAUAAACAACAAACACCCACAACUAAAGGGAUCCAUAGCUUGAGCUCCAAACAUGCAAGCAUAAAGCACAUUGUGAGUCUUUAAUUUCAGGAAUCAGAAAUCACAGGGCUCUGAUCACUCUGUGUCCCUCCCUCUCACUAGUCCUCCUGAUCCUGACACAUUCUGAGUAAAAUCAGCCUGGACAUUCUGACUGUGAGAUGGGGGUUGGGGGCUGGGGCUUGCCCAAGUCCGUGAGAGAGAAGGGGUAAGAGUUGGCACUUGAAACCACAUAUGGAUACCUUCCUUCAGUGUGUCCUCUUCUGGAUUAAAAGGAGU